AUGUCGUCCGCCUCCUUUGAGCAGGACUAUGAUUUGCUCCUCCCUGGAGAAGGCGACCCCAGAGAUGCGUUUUCGAAACGGUCAAGAAGUUCGAGAAGGUCGCCGUGGGAACUGAACAAGUGGACUCUGUUGGUUGGCAUCUCCCUGAUUGUGGGAUCCGUCUCCGUUGCUUCUCUGUUCGGUCCGAUCUCGUUGUCGCGGCGAGGUCGGUUUCCUACUUGCAGUCGUCCCGUUGUUCGGCGCGAGUGGCGUGCCUUGACACCAGACGAAAGAACGCACUUCACCAAUGCUGUAGAAUGUUUGAGCUCAGUGCCAUCAACUCAGGGCUUACAUGGAUCCCUCUACGAUGACUUCGCUUUUCUGCACUUGCAAUUCGGUUCCCGGUAUAUGCGCUGGUUUUAUGGGAAACCGCUUUGCGUGAACAGUGUGGCUUCAAAGGAUCGAUACCGUAUGUCUGGAUCAGCAGCAAUCUGGAUAGUAUUGAUGUGUUAA